AUGGUGGAGCCAGGGCAAGAUUUACUGCUUGCUGCUUUGAGUGAGAGUGGAAUUAGUCCGAAUGACCUCUUUGAUAUUGAUGGUGGAGAUGCAGGGCUUGCAACUCCAACACCUACUCCUCCAGUUCAGCAGUCAGUGCCACUUAGUGCGUUAGAAUUGGGUUUGGAGACUGAAGCAGCAGUUCCUGUUAAACCAGAACAAGAGACAGUACCUACUCCAGCACUGUUAAAUGUUAGGCAGCAGCCUCCAUCUACUACAACAUUUGUGCUGAAUCAAAUAAAUCAGCUUCCGACCUUGGGAUCUACAAUUGUAAUGACUAAAACACCGCCUGUAACAACGAAUAGGCAGACCAUCACAUUAACAAAGUUUAUCCAGACUACUGCAAACACACGCCCUUCAGUCUCAGCACCAGCAGUACGAAAUGCCAUGACCUCUGCACCCUCAAAAGACCAGGUUCAGCUGAAGGAUCUACUAAAAAAUAAUAGUCUGAACGAACUCAUGAAACUGAAGCCACCAGCUAAUAUCGCUCAGCCAGUUGCAACAGCAGCUACUGAUGUAAGCAAUGGUACAGUAAAGAAGGAGUCUUCUAAUAAAGAAGUAGCGAGAAUAUGGAUAAACGACAUGAAAAUGAGGAGUUUUUCCCCAACCAUGAAGGUCCCUGUUGUGAAAGAGGAAGAUGAACCAGAGGAGGAAGAUGAAGAAGAGAUGGGUCAUGCAGAAACCUACGCAGAAUAUAUGCCAAUAAAAUUAAAAAUUGGCCUACGUCAUCCAGAUGCUGUAGUGGAAACUAGUUCUUUAUCCAGUGUUACUCCUCCUGAUGUUUGGUACAAAACAUCCAUUUCUGAAGAAACCAUUGAUAAUGGCUGGUUAUCAGCGUUACAGCUUGAGGCAAUUACUUAUGCAGCGCAGCAACAUGAAACAUUCCUACCUAAUGGAGAUCGUGCUGGCUUCUUAAUAGGUGAUGGUGCUGGUGUAGGAAAAGGAAGGACGAUAGCAGGAAUCAUCUAUGAAAAUUAUUUGUUGAGUAGAAAAAGAGCAUUAUGGUUCAGUGUUUCAAAUGACUUGAAGUAUGAUGCUGAAAGAGAUUUGAGGGAUAUUGGAGCAAAAAACAUUUUGGUUCAUUCAUUAAAUAAGUUUAAAUAUGGAAAAAUUUCUUCCAAACAUAACGGGAGCGUGAAAAAGGGUGUUAUUUUUGCUACCUAUUCUUCCCUUAUUGGUGAAAGUCAGUCUGGUGGUAAAUACAAAACUAGAUUAAAACAACUUCUGCAUUGGUGUGGUGAUGACUUUGAUGGAGUGAUAGUCUUUGACGAAUGCCAUAAAGCAAAAAACUUAUGUCCUGUUGGUUCUUCGAAGCCAACCAAGACAGGCUUGGCAGUUUUAGAGCUUCAGAACAAAUUGCCAAAGGCCAGAGUUGUUUAUGCUAGUGCCACUGGUGCUUCUGAACCACGAAACAUGGCCUAUAUGAACCGUCUUGGAAUAUGGGGUGAGGGAACUCCAUUUAGAGAAUUCAGUGAUUUUAUCCAAGCAGUAGAACGGAGAGGUGUUGGUGCCAUGGAAAUAGUUGCUAUGGAUAUGAAACUUAGAGGAAUGUACAUUGCUCGACAGCUGAGCUUUACUGGAGUGACCUUCAAAAUUGAGGAAGUUCUUCUUUCUCAGAGCUAUGUGAAAAUGUAUAACAAAGCAGUCAAGCUGUGGGUCAUUGCCAGAGAGCGAUUUCAGCAAGCUGCAGAUCUGAUUGAUGCUGAGCAACGCAUGAAGAAAUCCAUGUGGGGUCAGUUCUGGUCUGCUCACCAGAGAUUUUUCAAAUACUUGUGUAUAGCAUCCAAAGUUAAAAGGGUUGUGCAACUAGCUCGAGAAGAAAUCAAGAAUGGAAAAUGUGUCGUAAUUGGUCUGCAGUCAACAGGAGAAGCUAGAACAUUAGAAGCCUUGGAGGAGGGUGGAGGAGAAUUGAAUGAUUUUGUUUCAACUGCCAAAGGAGUGUUGCAGUCACUAAUUGAAAAACACUUCCCUGCUCCAGAUCGAAAAAAACUGUAUAGUUUGUUAGGAAUUGAUUUGACAGCUCCAAGUAACAAUAGUUCACCAAGAGAUAGUCCUUGUAAAGAAAAUAAAGUGAAGAAGCGGAAAGGUGAAGAAAUAACCCGAGAAGCCAAAAAAGCACGAAAAGUAGGUGGCCUUACUGGUAGCAGUUCUGAUGACAGUGGGAGUGAAUCUGACGCGUCUGACCAUGAAGAAAGUGACUAUGAGAGCUCAAAAAACAUGAGUUCCGGAGACGAUGAUGACUUCAACCCGUUCAGAGAUGAGUCUAGUGAGGAUGACGAAGACGAUCCCUGGUUAAUCAGGAAAGAUCACAAGAAAAACAAAGAUAAAAAAAAAAAGAAAAGUAUAGAUCCAGAUUCUAUUCAAAGUGCCUUAUUAGCAUCAGGUCUUGGAUCAAAACGACCUAGUUUUUCAUCUACGCCAGUAAUUUUGCCUGCUCCUAACAGUGCACCAGCCAACAGUAACACCAACAGUAACAGUAGCCUUAUAACAAGUCAGGAUGCUGUGGAAAGAGCCCAGCAGAUGAAGAAAGACCUACUUGAUAAACUAGAAAAAUUAGCUGAAGACCUCCCUCCUAAUACCCUGGAUGAACUUAUUGAUGAACUUGGUGGCCCUGAGAAUGUUGCUGAGAUGACUGGCCGCAAAGGGAGGGUUGUAAGCAAUGAUGAUGGAAGCAUAUCUUAUGAGUCAAGAUCUGAACUUGAUGUCCCUGUGGAAAUACUAAAUAUUACAGAAAAACAAAGAUUUAUGGAUGGAGAUAAGAAUAUUGCUAUCAUCUCAGAAGCUGCCAGCUCGGGUAUUUCAUUACAAGCAGAUCGGAGAGCUAAAAAUCAAAGGCGACGGGUUCACAUGACUUUGGAAUUACCCUGGAGUGCUGAUAGAGCAAUUCAGCAGUUCGGACGGACUCAUAGAUCAAACCAAGUCACUGCUCCCGAAUAUGUGUUUCUGAUUUCUGAAUUGGCAGGAGAGCAAAGAUUUGCUUCUAUUGUUGCUAAAAGACUUGAGAGUUUGGGAGCGCUUACACAUGGUGACAGAAGAGCAACAGAAUCUAGAGAUCUGAGCAGGUUCAAUUUUGAUAAUAAGUAUGGAAGAAACGCUUUAGAAAUUGUCAUGAAAUCUAUUGUCAACCUGGAUUCUCCUAUGGUAUCACCACCUCCGGACUAUCCUGGAGAAUUCUUUAAAGAAUACAUUUUCCCCAUGAAUAUAAGGAACAACAAGAAAACUGCCAUCUUGGUUAAAGAAGUGAACCCAAAAAAGAAGCUUUUCUUAGUUUAUAGACCAAAUACUGGAAAACAGCUCAAAUUAGAAAUUUAUGCUGAUCUAAAAAAGAAAUAUAAGAAGGUAGUCUCAGAUGAUGCCCUGAUCCACUGGUUAGAUCAGUAUAAUUCAUCUGCAGACACUUGUACUCAUGCUUAUUGGCGUGGCAACUGUAAAAAGGCAAGCUUGGGAUUAGUUUGUGAAAUAGGUCUUCGUUGCCGCACAUACUACGUAUUAUGUGGCUCCGUACUGAGUGUCUGGACAAAGGUUGAGGGUGUUCUAGCAUCUGUCAGUGGCACAAAUGUGAAAAUGCAGAUUGUUCGACUGAGAACAGAGGAUGGACAACGGAUUGUAGGUUUGAUCAUUCCUGCAAAUUGUGUGUCUCCUCUUGUAAAUCUCCUGUCAACUUCAGACCAGUCUCAACAGCUUGCGGUCCAACAGAAACAGCUCUGGCAGCAGCGUCACCCGCAGAGCAUCGCCAACUUGAGCAACGCUUAA